GCCAUGUAGCGGAUGUGACGUCACGGGGUGAGGAAGUCAGCGGAUGUAAACAGUGUGGGUGUGUGGCUGUGUCGGCGUUGGACAUGUUGCAAUUCAAUGAUUCCGACACCAGCCCCGCCGCCUUGGAGCUGCAGCUCAGCCCCGACAAGAGCUCGGCUACCCCACAACAACCCUCCGGCUAUAACCUGCAGUCCCUGCGCUGCCUCACCGUGCACAACCCCACCAUGCAGGCCCGAGUCAAGGAGUACUUCGUGUUCCGGCCUGGAACUCUUGAACAAGCUGUGAAUGAUAUUCGUAUGGUUGUUUUGCCCACAGAGGAUGGUGAAGUACACAGUGUCUGGCUACUCACUGAAGUUGAUCAUUGGAAUAAUGACAAAGAACGUCUGGUACUAAUCACUGAUAAAUCUCUCUUGAUCUGCAAGUAUGAUUUCAUUAGCUUGCAGUGUCUGCAAGUGAUCAGAGUGUGCCUCAACGCCAUUGAUACUAUUUCUAUUGGAGAGUUUGAGUUCCCUCACAUGUCUCUCAGCAAACGAGAAGGUAUUGGAAUUCGUAUUCUCUGGAAUAAAAGCAGCCGCACCUCUUUUGUAAAUAAGUGGAAUCCCUGGUCAAACAAUAUGCCUUACACUACAUUCACUGAGCAUCCCAUGGCUUUAGCAGAAGAUAAGAUUGUUCCACUGUGCAAGUUGGAAAACUUCCGCGUCCAGUUGAUUCAGGCAGUAAAGAGAGCGCAUCGGGAGAAUCCAUUGCCAGGAAGAGCUAAUGGGGUACUUGUUUUGGAACAUCCACUAAUGAUUGAAACUUAUGUGGGACUAAUGUCUUUCAUCAACAAUGAGGCCAAACUUGGAUACUCUAUGUCAAGAGGCAAAAUCGGAUUUUAAUUAAGAAAAGGAAAAAAAAUCCAUGCCUUUUGUUUAAAGUUGCAUUUACGUGGAUCUCUUGAAUGGCUACAUUUCCUUCAUCUCAAAAAAAAAAAAAAAACAACAAAAUUGAGUAAGGUAUAUCUAGGGCAAUGAUGGGCAGCCAACAGCUCACAUGACCCUAUUGCCAGUAAUAGGCUGCCAAUUCUAAAUCUACAAUCAGUGCCAACCAAUCGGCUGUGACUGGCAAAGGAUCAUGACAUAGUAUUUUAGCAGCAGGACAACAAUUUAUCUAUCGCGGAUAGGAAAAGAAAACAAAACAAGUUUCUGAUCAAACAUGUUUUUCAUAUGGACCAGAUUUUACCCAUAGCGCAAAUAAGAUCUGCUUUAACCAAGUACUAAAAGUUUAAGUAUACAUUUCUAUAGUAAAAGUGCAAGUAAACAUAGAUUUAAAAUAUUAAAAUACAUACUUACCCAUACGUUCUGUUCAGAUAUUAUGUGAUGCAUGUUUCCCCCAGAAUGCCAAAAUAGGCACAUAAUUCCAUGGCAUUCUAAGUUAGAGGUGAGCAUUGUAAAAUACAUGCAGGAGUCUCGGGAAUUCAGUGACCAUCACUGUAGUUGAUAUAUCUAGAUCAGCUGCAAAGGGGUAUUAGCCUGAUCUUUCUGUAUUGAAAUACUGUAUCAAGAAUUGUGUAUGAUGUCACCAGGUGAAAAUCAACCUCUUGCGGUUGGCAUAAUUUGUUCACAAGCACAAAAUACAGUGUAUUUCACAGUCCAUGAAAAAUACAAUGUAUCAUUUAAUGUGUAUAUAGCUUUGUGUGUUAAUAUGUUUGUAGUGUUGACUUUCAAAUUCUGUAUUUAAUUUAUGGCCUAUGUUUGUCCUUGGAUAAACGGAUGUAUUACUUUUAGUACUUUGCAAAGAUGAUGCACCUUAUUCCUACAUGCCAAGUAACUAAACGCCUUCCUACAGUUUGGUUUGAUUGAUAAUUACUUGUCAAAAGUGUGUUGCACAUGGAAUUGUAUUUUGAUCAGUUUGAUUGUAACAAAGGCCACUGGAUUUUCCCUCUUUCACUUCACAUUACUUUGUUGGGGCUUAUUGUCUAA